AUGCAAAUUCUUAAAGAAUGGGAAAAAAAAGAGGGAACUCAGUGCAAACCAGGAAUACACAACCAGAGAGGAACAGUGGGGGGUGAUAUAUCUCUCACCUGUGAAACUAGAGGGAACAAGUACUGGAGUAAAGGUGAAGCCAGAGGAAGAAUGCUGAUACUCAUUGGUCGAAAAAUUAAUGGUCGAGAAAUUUCUGACAGAUACAGUUUAUUACCUGAUUUCACACUUCACAUAAAGAAUCUUACUCUAUCAGACUCUGGGAUUUAUUCAUGUAAUGCUGAUUCAGUGGUGAAUCUCACUGUUACUCCAUUACAAGAUAAGACUCCACCCACAACACCAACAACGACAACACCACCAACAACAACACCAACAACAACACCAACAACAGUUAUUAUUGUGACUCUUGUAUGUGUUUUGGCUGGAGUCGUGCUCAUCAUAAUCAUCUUCAUCGCUCUGUGGAGGUGUCUCCCAACUAAAACUCAGAAGAACCAGACUGAAGUUUCCUCAUCAAUACCAAACACACAACCACCUAAAGACUGGGUGGAGGUGUAUUACACAAUACAACCAGACAAUGUGACACCAGCUGAUAUCCAUCAAACUCAGUGCUGAAGACACUGUCAUAAUUUCAGCCUCUGUGUGCUCCUGCUGAAGCGUCUAUGUGCCACACCCCUCUCUCACUCUGCCCCCUCUUUGAUAAUUGGGUUUCUCUUUGCUAAUUGGCUCCAGCUGUCCCUCAUCUGAGGGUAUUUAAGAGGGGUCAUUGGAGACUAUUUCCUGUAACUCUGUCGGUUUGGCUUGUAUUUUAGUCUGUUUAGCCUGUUUACCCUGUCUGGUCCUGUUUAGCCUUUGUCCCUCAUUUUAUUUAUUAAUAAACAUCCAUUCCAAAAACUGGGAUGGAGGCAAUUUAGGGCUAGUAAUGAGGUGAAAAAACUAAAUAAUGAUGUGAUUAUAAACAGGUGAUUGUAAUCAUGGUUUGGUACAAAAGCAGCUGUCCCAACCUUUUUUGGAAUGUGUUGCAGGCCUGAAAUACAGGAAUGGAUGUUUAUUAAUAAAUGAAAUGAAGUUGAGCAGAUAAAACAUGAAAUAUAUCA